AUGGAUAAAUUGACGUUGAGAAUGUGUUCCUGGAAUUUCUCGGUCAAGGAUGAUCUUAUUAAUUUUGAGUUGAACUGGAAUCCGGAAGUCUCGAUAAAAUCGAGAUCAUCCACCGCCUUUUUGAUUCGAAUAACUGAUUGGAUGAGUGAGCUACACGAGUAUCGAAUGAUGUUUAUGCUCGAAAUGAUGUCCACAUUCGAGAUUCAAAUCGUUGAAAGCGAUCGUCCGAUUUGGCUCGCUUUGUUUUUCGCUGAUAAUGGAUUGCAUUUCUUGAAAAACAUUCAAUCGAACCCAACAAACCCAAACUGUUCCUACAAUUUUCUCGUAAUUGGGCCACCUGGAAAAGAUGCUGAUGGGGACUAUCCAUAUUACGAUUGGUAUGAAGAAAAACAAGAAUUAUGCGAUGGAACAGCGAUUGUCACCUCACAAGCCUAUUACGAUGCUUUACACACACCCGACGCCGCCUACGUUCUCAAUCGGAAUAUCUUUUGCAAUGAAGAAUCAAUCGAUGUGAUCGUUGAAUUGAUUGGCAUUCUUGACGAUUUGCCUCUGAAUAUAACUUGUUAUGAUAGUGAGAGGAACAUCGUGAAUUUG